AGGACUACGGUCCGAACUAUUAAGAGGCUGAAAUUCGGUGUAAAUCUAUUUAAGACUAAAAAUCAUUAAGUUGAUUGCUCCUUGCAGGCACGGAUUUAACUUUACUUGUAUUUUGUGAGACUUUCACCAUGUUAAUCAUGGAAUUUCUGAUCUACCUGACUGUAAUGACAACAGCCGUCAUCUCGCAGGUGACUGCUAGCUGCCCAGCAGUGUGCGAGUGUCCUGCAGAGCCCGUGGAUUGCCCUCCAGGCAUUAGCGCUGUGCCAGACAGAUGUGGGUGCUGCAAGGUGUGUGCUGCACAGCUCAACCAAGACUGCAGCCCCAUGAGGCCCUGCGACCACUACAAAGGGCUGGAGUGUAAUUACGGCAACGAUGUGACCUUGGCCUGGGGCGUCUGUCGAGCCAAGUCAGAGGGACGCACAUGUGAGUACAACGGCAGGAUCUACCAGAACGGCGAGAACUUCCGCGCCGGCUGUAAACACCAGUGUACCUGCAUUGAUGGCGCCGUUGGCUGCGCUCCUCUAUGCAGCAACAAGCUGCCACCAGCCUCACCAUCCUGCCCUUACCCGCGGCUGGUCAGGAUUCCUGGGCAGUGCUGCUUCAGUGUUGACUGCCACAAGGGCACCUGGCAACUUCCACCCAAGCACCAGGUGCCUCCACCACAGCAGCACCUGCCCAGACCUUGGCACCAUCCUGCGAAGCAACACCUUGAAAAUGAGCUGGUCCUCGCCAACGAGCUGACCACCGUCAGGUCCAGCAGCUGGGAAAAUGAACGUGGUUACAAACACCUGCCUGUGUGGAACCCUCUGAGGGAGAAGAAGUGCCCAGUCCAGACCACUGACUGGUCCCAGUGCUCCCGCAGCUGUGGCAUGGGUGUUUCCUCGCGUAUAACCAACAAGAACCCUCAGUGCAAGCUGAAGAAAGAGACGAGGAUUUGCACUGUACGGCCCUGCCACAGCCCGGCUCUCCCAGCUAAGAAGGGGAAGCGCUGCUCUCCUACCCAAAAGGCACCAGAGCCCAUCCACCUGUCCUAUGGCGAAUGUAAGAGCGUCCGCCUCUACCGGCCCAACUACUGUGGCGUGUGCAUGGACGGGCGGUGCUGCUCACCACGCCGCACACGCACACUUCCUGUGACCUUCGUGUGUCCAGACGGCGAGCGUUUCCAGAGGAUGGCCAUGUUCAUCCAGUCGUGUAAAUGCAGCGACGACUGCGGACACCUCAAUGACGUGGCCCUUCCUCCACAGCACUGGAUGUAUGGAGACACACACAAGUUCAUAGACUAGGACUGAGGGUUGUUUUUGUUUGUUUUUUGUUUUUUUAAUUGUGAUGAUGGCAGAUUUCUUAAAGGAGGAGGAAGCCUCAAGACGAGGGGCCAUUUUUCCUCAACCGGCUCCAAAUGAGUGAAGGCCACAGGCCGGAAGGAGUAUUGGUAUCAUUCACAAUAAUACAAGCAGCCCUUAUUGUAAUGUGUGAGACCGGAGUGGAUUGUACACUUGCCUGCUCAAACUGACGAGGGACCUAAAUAAGAGCCCUGAAAUGCUCUGAACUGAAAUUGCUGGCUGAGCUGUGGAGGAUUCUUUUUUUAACACCGGCAGACCAGCCCGAGAGAGAAACACUAUAAAAGCAACAAAGCACUUUAUUUAGCACUGCAACUUGGGACAAUAUGAGCAGUGCAAAAAAUCUAAAAUCUAACAUGAUCAGCUGCUUCAACAGCUUUACCUGCAUAAAGCGGUAUUGACUUAAUAUCCCACAAUGCACUGUGACAACCAGCACAAGAAUGCCAUUUGUAGUUUUACACAAAGAACUCAAAGGAAAAUGUGAGCAACAUUUUUUAUUCAAAAUAUACAAGAGAGCACAUAGUGAAUAUAAACACAGACAUCAGUAGUGCCUUUAUGUGGCAUGCUUCCACGAACAAACAUUGACUCGGUUUCCUUUAACUUAGAUGAUAAGGAACCCUAUUUAGCCUUGACAAGCUUUCUGUAAGGGCUGAACCAAUGCCAACUGAUUUGUUUUUGCAUUAAAUGCAACUUAAAGAAAUAUCUUAUAUAAACCUGUACUUCUUGAGAAUGUAUGCUGGAUCAUAACGUAUUCUGUAAAUACAUUUUCUUUCUUUUGA